CUUUAGGGCUCUACCUUAUCUCUCACGCGGCUUCGUACACUAUAUAUAAUUUGGCUAAUGUGCAGAGGAAAAGGUCAUCGAAUCAAUUAUAUAUUGAUAAGGAAAAAAGAAGAAGCAUGGCAAAGUGUAGAACAAAUGGUAAGAAAAUGAAUGGCAUGGUGAUGCUCAAAAUAGUGGUAGAAAGGCUACAGAAAAGUUUACUCUUAGGCAGGAAGAAUUCUUCUGAUUUGGAUGAAUUCGACGAAGAUACGAGGGAAUCGAAGAACUUGCCGAACGAUGUGAAGGAGGGACAUUUUGCAGUGAUUGCAGUGGAUGAUGAUGAAUUGAAGAGAUUCAUUGUGCCGUUGAGUUAUUUGACUCAUCCAUCAUUCUUGAGGCUAUUGGAGCAAGCUGCUGAGGAGUACGGGUUUGAUCAUGAAGGUGCACUCACCAUUCCUUGCCGGCCAAGUGAGCUCGAACACAUACUGAAGGAGCAAUGGGUGGAGCAGAGAGAUUCUAGGUUUCUUGUCAACUGGCCGGCCUCAUGAAGGAAGACAAUGCUCAAGAGCUGUUAAGCAUUUUAUUCUGUCUAAAGAUUUCCAUUUGUUCUUCCACAUUUAUUAUAUAGAAUCAGCACAGGAGUAAAAGGAACAACUAUUAAUGCUAUUAUAAAAUUGGAUAAAC